UGGGCAUCAAUGCCCGUUUGGUUUGCGAUGUAAAAUAAAACUUCAAACAAAAAAACUCCCGAGAAAAACACUUGACCUGUCGAAGAAGGAGUUGAAGAUCUUAUCCUCCCAUGGUUAGGCAGUGAGCUGUCUUCGUGCCCAUGUUGGUGUGCGAUGUUUUUUUAUUGUUCAUACUUAUAGUGUAGGACGGGGAAGGAUCAUACCUCGGACCUACAUGCAGCUGGAUUUCUCUGACGAGCUAGGGCCGGCAGCAGAUCAGUGUCAGUGACGGCACAGCAGCCGGCACAGUGGUCAUGACGGCACAAGGUCUGACGGUGCCGGAGCAUCACCAGCAGCCACACUCGCCCGCACUGUGCCUGCCCAGUGUUCGCCUCCCGAGUCUUUGCCUGCAGUGCGCCGUGCAGCGCCUGGAGGGCGCAUGCGAGCCAGUGGCGCUGCGGAAGUUCAUUGUCGGCGAGCUCACGGCCAUUAUUGAAGGCGACGGCCAGGAGUUCCUCAGCGUGGUCCGGUGUGACACGAGUUUCCUCGAGCGCUUCCUAUUUGCCAUAGCAAAGCAGCUUCACUCGGAGAAUGAACAGCUCCAAGAGCUUGCCAUAUCAGUGUGCAUGCACUUGGUUCAGCAGGAUAGCUCCCAGUGCUCGCUGAGGUGGUUUUAUGAAGAAGUCAACCUGCAGCUUUUGGAGAAUUUGCCUGCCGCCAAGUGCUUGCCUCAUACUAUUCUACUAGGUCGCUUGCUCCACCACUCUGCUGAAGCUGCUUGCCACGGAGAAUGGGAGCAACUACAAGACACCCUGGUCCGCUCUCUUGCACUGGCGAUGCCAUCGCUGCAGAGUGCGCUCAUGUAUGCACUGGUGCAGUUGUGGAAGGGACUGCCCCAGGUUCCGACAAAGUCCACUCUGAAGAGCGCCAUGAAGCAGCUCCUUCAAGCUCUGCAGCCCUCCAGCAGCCUCGAUACGAUGUUGAAUGGAUUUGUGCUGUUGAAAUCGAUCUUGACAUCUCAAGGUGAAGGAAACCUUGCCGAUCUUUUCGCCUUCGGCAGUGGUGAUCAGUCAUCACAACUGUCUCCAGCACAGCCCCUGACAAACCUCGUCAAAAAGGGAUUACUGCAUCAAGACGCUCUCGUUCAGGCCACGGCUGCACAGUGUUGUCGUCUGCUACUCUCCAAUCGCACGGUAGCGGAGUGGUGUCUUGAGUCGGACAUGGCAGAGUAUUUGCUAGAGACGCUCGCCAUGAAGUCCUAUCAGCGCUGUGUCUGCUGGUUCGGCUCCAAGGAUUUUUCAAUGGACACCACGCUGUCUUUGUUUGAGCAACACAAGCUGUAUCACGCAGGUGCAUCCUAG